AUGGCUGAUUACAAUGAGGAGGAGGACCUCUUCGCCGACCUCUACGAGGGUGACGACGCCGCUCCUUCUGCACCACCAGCCGCUCCCGCUCCCGCUCCCGCAACUACCACCGUAGAGACCGCCGCCGCCGACCAGACCGACUCGAUUGCUGUCUCAUCAGAGCAAGCUCCCACAUCAGAGCCCAUCGCAAACGGCUCCAAUGUCGCCGCCGAGCCCCAAUCCUACGGCAAUGAUGGCUGGAACGAUCAGCAGCAGCAGCAACAACACCAAGGCCAACAAAACUGGGACUACAACAACAACCAGAACCAAGGUAAUGAUUAUGCCGGUGCACAGCAAAUGAACCACAACGGCGGUGGUGGUGACGACGACUACAAGCCUAUUGGCAUCAAAGAAGACGGGUAA